AUGGAGGGAGACGUUAUGGACAAAGUGGAGGCCAUGGCGAAGGUGUGUGACUUCGACCCCAUCACUGGAAGCAUCCCGGCCACCAAAGUGGAGAUCUCUGUGUCUUGCAGGAAUCUUUUGGACCGAGACACAUUCUCCAAAUCCGACCCACUGGUUGUCCUGUACACCCAGGGUGUGGAGUCCAAACAGUGGAGGGAGUUUGGGAGAACAGAGGUGAUAGACAACACGCUAAACCCAGACUUUGUCAGGAAGUACAUCCUGGACUACUUCUUUGAGGAGAAGCAGAACCUGCGCUUUGACGUGUAUGAUAUUGACUCUAAAAGCCCAGACCUGACAAAGCAUCCACCCGACUUUAACGACUUCCUGGGUCAGGUCUUCUGCACGCUGGGAGAGAUCGUGGGCUCACCUGCCAGUCGUCUGGAGAAGCCUCUAGGUGGAAUACCAGGAAAGAAAUGUGGGACCAUUAUCUUGUCUGCCGAGGAGUUGGGAAAUUGCAGAGAUUGUGCCACCAUGCAGUUCUGUGCCAACAAACUGGAUAAGAAGGACUUCUUUGGGAAGUCGGACCCCUUCAUGGUCUUCUACAGAAGCAACGAGGAUGGCACGUUCACCAUCUGCCACAAGACAGAGGUGGUGAAAAACACGCUGCACCCUGUAUGGCAAGCCUUCUCCAUCCCUGUUAGAGCGCUCUGCAAUGGAGACUAUGACAGGACGAUCAAGGUGGAAAUAUAUGACUGGGACAGAGAUGGGAGCCAUGAUUUCAUCGGUGAAUUCACCACCAGCUUCAAAGAGCUAUGUCGGGGUCAGAGCCCGUUAAACGUCUAUGAGGUGGUGAAUGCCAAGAAGAAAAUAAAGAAAAAGAGAUACAUCAACUCGGGGACGGUGUCAUUGUUGUCAUUCAACGUGGAGUCGGAGCACACCUUCUUGGAUUACAUCAAAGGAGGGACUCAGAUUCACUUCACAGUGGCCAUUGAUUUCACAGCAUCAAAUGGUAAUCCGUCCCAGUCUACUUCCCUCCACUACAUGAACCCCUACCAGAUGAAUGCCUAUGCCAUGGCCCUGAAGGCUGUGGGAGAGAUCAUCCAGGACUAUGACAGUGAUAAGAUGUUCCCCGCCCUGGGAUUCGGUGCUAAGCUGCCGCCUGAUGGGAGGGUCUCCCAUGAGUUCCCACUGAAUGGCAACAUUGAGAACCCCUACUGUAACGGCAUGGAGGGCAUUCUUGAAGCUUACCAUCAAAGCCUUAAGACGGUUCAGCUGUAUGGACCCACCAACUUUGCUCCUGUUGUUAAUCAUGUGGCAAGGUACGCAGCAGCAGUGCAGGACGGCUCUCAGUACUUUGUCCUGCUCAUCAUCACUGACGGCGUCAUAUCAGACAUGGCCCAGACCAAGGAGGCCAUAGUGAAUGCGGCUAAACUCCCCAUGUCUAUCAUCAUUGUUGGAGUUGGCCAAGCUGAGUUUGACGCCAUGGUGGAGCUGGACGGUGACGACAUCAGGAUCUCCUCACGAGGGAAGCUGGCAGAGAGAGACAUUGUUCAGUUUGUCCCGUUCAGAGACUACAUGGACCGCACCGGCAACCAUGUGCUGAGCAUGGCGCGGCUGGCGAAGGACGUGCUGGCUGAGAUCCCCGACCAGCUCAUCUCCUACAUGAAGAGCCGAGGCAUCAAACCCUGCCCCCCGCCGCCACCCUACUCGCCCGACGACCCCCCUCAGGCCAGCCCCAUCUGA